AUGUCCCCAGCCCUACAGCCCCAUGUCACUCCAGACAGUUUCUUUCACACAACAUCCCCAUCCCCGCCACAAACACCCGCCAAUCCGCCCCUACCUCCAGUCCUAGUCUAUUUUAUAUCUGGAAACCCGGGUCUAAUCUCCUAUUACCAUCCCUUCCUCACCCUCCUUUCCGACAAGCUUCAAUCCCUCAGUGCCAAACAGAGGGAACCCCAUACAUUCCACAUCCACGGCCACAGCCUAGCAGGCUUCGAAGUAUCACCUCAGCACCCCCAAACCCCAGAGCAUUACCACGAUGUCGAAGACCAAAUCCGUUUCAUCCAGACACGGCUCGACAACUUCGUGCAAGGCACACACACCACCACACCGACAAGUUCCAAACCACGCGUGAUCCUUAUGGGCCAUUCCGUGGGCACUUAUAUCGCCAUGGAGGUGAUUCGGAGACAUCGCGAACGAUCGGCCUCCUCUUCUGCUCCCAUCGACUUCGACAUCAUCGGUGGUGUAAUGCUUUUCCCUACCGUUAUGGAUAUUGCUAAAUCGCCAUCCGGGAAGCAUUUGACUAAUCUGCUCUACUUCAUCCCCCAUCUAGCACUGGUAGUAAGUUUCCUAGCCUGGAUCCUCACCACUCUUCUCCCGGAGUUCGCGCUCCGUGCUCUAGUAAAAGGUUUCAUGGCCUCUCCGCCAGACCAGGCCGUUGAUACGACCUGUGCGUUUUUGAAGAGUGAGAAGGGUGUGAGGCAGGCUUUACAUAUGGCCGCUGACGAGAUGCGAACCAUCUCGGCGGAUAAAUGGGCCGAUGAUGUCUGGGGGAUAUCUUCGUCUGCAGAAGAGCCAUUGAUUCGAAUGUUCUUUUAUUUUGGGAGGAAUGAUCAUUGGGUUGCGGAGCAGACGAGGGAGGAGAUUAUUGAGGCCAAAGGGAAGGGGGAGGGGGAGGGGGAGGGGAAGGGUCCGAAGAUGGUGGUUUGUGAGGAUGGCUUGCCGCAUGCGUUUUGUUUACGUCAUAGUGAUGUUACGGCGAGUAAGGUGGCGGGGAUGGUGAUGGAUAUUGUUGCUGAUUGA